AUGAAGUUCUCUGCUGUGAUUGCUCCUUUGCUCUCUCUCCCUCUGGUCUUUGCCACCCCCGGCGGAGACUACGGACAUCACCCUGAGAAGCCCAAGACUGUCACCAAGACAGUCACUCACACUGUCACCAAGCCCAUCUACAAGCCCCCGGUCACAAAGACAGAGACCGUCACCAAGAAGUACCCCGUGACCGAGACGGUUACCAAGUACAAAUGGAAGCCUCCUGUUACCAAGACUGAAUAUGUCACCAAGUGGAAGCCUCCUAUCAUCAAGUACAAGACUGUCACCAAGACCGACACCGUCACCAAGUGGAAGCCACCAGUUACCAAGACCGAGACUAAGUGGAAGCCUCCCGUGACAAAGACUGAGACCAAGUGGAAGCCUCCCGUUACCAAGACAGAAACAAAGACCAGCACGGAGACCAAGUACAUCCACAAGCCUCCUGUCACCAAGUACAAGACCGAGACUGUCACAAAGACCAUCACUGUCAAGCCAAAGCCUACCUACCACAAGCCCGGAUACGAGAACCCUGGCUACGGCGAUGGCGGCCACAAGAAGGAGUACAAGGCUUAA